AUGUUCAUCUUUAUCAAACAUGGAGAUAAUCAGCAGUUUCUGGUCAAUAGCAAUUGCUCUGUCCUCGUGAUGCUGCAUUACAUCCGCAGUAAAGUGGGGUUGUCUAAAACAGACACCAUCGAUUUGUGUGAUGAAAUGGGGACAAUGAAGCUGCUUUUCCUGCUGAAGACCCCUAGAGAGUAUGCCAGCAAAUUCCUUACGGCUCGAAGUACCUACUACGUUUGUAGGGUGGAGCGUGGGCCACCAGGAACCCGAAUUGAGAAUGCCUACAAAGCUUUUGUGCCCCUGCUGAAGAAACCAGAGCCCGCACUAAUUGAUGCGCUGCGCAUACAAUGUGACCUCCUGGAGAAGAGCAGAUUGAAGAUGCUUAGAAGCCAAGAAGCCAAGAAGGCCGUUGCAGUUGAGUCCUCCGCGAAUCUCCCAAACAAAUCAUCACGACGAUCAGAUGAGCGGGCCACUCGGACCACCCGGUUCACCCGGCUCACCCGACCCACUCGGCCCACUCGGCCCACUCGGCCCACUCGCAGAGGCACCGUGGAGGCUCUGAGGGUGGAUGGCAGCUACAGGAGAGAGCUGGGGUGA